AUCUAACUCUCACGUGAGAAGAACGAGAAAUAUAUCUAUAUUCAGUUAUAUCAAAGCUGAUGACCUAAUCCGAAAAGAUUUAGUUGACCUCACGGCCCGAUCCCACUGCCGAUUAUUUGAAAGCAGCUGCUGUCAAAUCCGAACAAAAAGUCGGUUGUGUCGUUAUCUUCCAAGUGUUAUCCAUGCGCGUUUCGAUUUAAUUCGUAUUUUAUACUGUAAUCUUUCAGUUUUUAAGUUAUUUUACAAUCAUUGUUGUGCGGUUUUAAUAAAGCCAAAGUAAUGGCCACUAUUGAACGUAUGUACACAAUGGACGAUCUUCCCCAGCUGAUCGAUGGCGUCAGUUCAGAAAAUGUCGUUGGAGUGACCCAGUACAUUGUGAAUAUGAUGUCCCAUCCCGCCUACGGAAGCAGUUACCAAUGGACGAAGGACGAUUUCGAGCUGGGAUGUGCCCUGGGGCGUGGCAAAUUCGGGCGUGUUUAUUUGGCACGUGAAAAACAUUCCAAAUUCAUGGUGGCCAUGAAGGUCAUGUUCAAAUCGGAACUCACCAAGGGUCGGGUCGAGAAACAACUGCUCCGUGAAAUUGAGAUCCAGUCUCGAUUGAAGCAUCCCCAUAUUCUUCGCUUGUACACCUGGUUCCACGAUGAGCGCCGCAUAUAUCUGGCAUUGGAACUGGCCUCCCAGGGCGAGCUAUAUAAACACUUGAAAGCAGCACCCAAUGGACGAUUUAAUGAACAACGUUCGGCCAAGUACACCUAUCAGGUUGCCGACGCAUUGAAUUAUUGUCACGCCAACAAUGUUAUUCAUCGCGAUUUGAAACCGGAGAACAUACUGCUAACAGAUGACGACAAUGUGAAACUGGCCGAUUUUGGGUGGUCUGCUCAUACCAAUUCAAACCGAAGGAAAACUAUGUGCGGAACAUUAGAUUAUUUGCCUCCAGAAAUGGUGGAUGGAAAAAUCUAUGACGAUUCCGUUGAUCAAUGGUGCUUAGGAAUAUUGUGUUACGAGUUUUUGGUUGGAUAUCCACCUUUUGAAUCGGAAACAACGGAAGCCACUUAUGACAAGAUUCGUCGUCUGGAAGUCGACUACCCACGAUUCAUGACAUCUGGAGCAAAAGAUUUAAUCUCAAGACUACUAAAGAAACCAAGCAGCUCUCGGAUUACUCUUGUGGAUGUAAUGAAGCACUACUGGAUCAAAGAAAAUAUGGGAAAAUAGUUAAGUAAUCAAUAUGUCCAUGUUUGCCCACAUUUGAAAAUAAAUAUAAUUUAGUUUAAACUUAUUCACUCAAA